AUGGCACCACAAACGUCAACGAAAGUUAUCUCCUGCCAUAAAAGGCCAGGAACGACGCCAGCGUCACCCAUGCCUGUAAACCACGCCGGAAAACAGCAACACCAUCACCACGACGUCCGGUUUGAUUUCGCCGCCGUGCCUUCAUCCAUGUCACGAAGUUCCCAAGUCCAAGCGGAUUCAUCCAGCCAAUUUCCAGCCCGCACCUCGUCAUGUUCCGACUCCUAUACCCCCUUGACAUCAUGCCCCGCCAGCCCCUUCGGCCUAUCUACACCCGCGAAAUUGGAGCCAUCGCGAACAUCACCACCAAAGUCAAGCCUGGAUUGCGAGAUAUCAUCAUCAUCAUCACCAUCCGCGAAGCCAGCUUCCCAGGAAGCGCAAACAAAUCAAGGUCCGCCCUGCAACAACUGCCAUCAACCCUCGACGCUCUGUACCGUUGGUCCACUGAAUCCCAAGGGGAACGCAGGGCGGAAAUACUUUGCUUGUAAGCGGUGUCCGUAUGGGUUGGCGUGGGUUGGGUGGGCUGGUGUUGAACCCUUUGAUGGGCUUGUUGUUGUCGCUGUGAAGGAUGAGGGUGUUGUGGCAGCAAAGAACCGGAAGCAAGUGGAGAAGGUUCACUCGUUACCACCCUUGAAAGAGGGAAGAAAUGGGGGAUCUCAAUAA